AUGCGUGUAUUUAUUCCGCCCUUUCGGAAGCGGGCUCACUCGGCACCUGAUCAUCAUGUCCUCACUGGUUCUAAUGGCGGCGCGAAUGAAACUGCUGCACCAACAACAUUCGUCAAAGUGGACUCGAAUAUGGUGUCAGUCAUUCCCCAGGGUGUGCCACCUGCUGUGACGCAUGGCAGAUUGUCACUGGCGGCAUCAGAGACAACCGUACCAUCCAAUGUCGAGUCGUCCACUGGCUCUCAACCGCCAGCUGCCUUAUCCACAGACUUUGUCGGCUACGAAGUUCUAUAUACAAAACGUUCUCUGAAGAAACGAAAGACCGAUGGUGUCCUCCUGGUAAAGGCAGGGAGUAUAGCCUUGCUGGAUGAUGCCGGAAUGGUUGUGGCUAAAUCAAUCAGCAAAGGUGGAUGGUCCACAGAGAACGGUCCCGGAUCUAGUCUUGUUCUGGGGAACUUCGAACUGGAAUUAUGCGAGCAAAUCCUGGAAGAGGAAUAUUCGUCUGGGCGUCUUUUCAUUGGCAACUGUGCAUCAACAUGCGCACCAACAGGCGGGCCACAAGCCAAAGCUCCGAGGCGGUUUCAGGCUCCUCUGGUGUCCACUCAGCUGUUCCAGCCUGUUGCAACAACAGUCGUGGAAAAAGGUGUCCCGCAUGGGGCAUUCGAGAUCGCCGUCUGUGAAACACCUAGUGGCGAGCGCUGCCCAAUAUGGAUUGACGCUUUCCUGAAUAAAUACCUGAGGCCUCAUCAAAGGGAGGGAAUCUCUUGGAUGUAUAACCAACUUCUUGAGGGCGGGGGCUGCAUCCUAGCUGACACGAUGGGUCUAGGGAAGACAAUUCAGGCGAUAAGCCUGUUGUGGGUUGCAGUUUCUCAACCUGCAGGUCUGCGGCCACUGGCAACCAAAUGCUGUGUUGUAUGUCCCGCUAGCUUGGUCGGAAACUGGACUCAUGAGGUCAAAAAGUGGCUUGGAAACAGACUCACGUUUGUCGUCGCGUCCGGAGAUGGCAAGGAAACAAAGGCGAUUUUGCAACAGUUCACUUCCGCAAACAUAUGUAAGCUUGUGAUUGUUUCGUACGACCAACUGAGGAAGCUCUGUGGGACUAUCACAUCUUCUAUUGACAUUCUUAUAUGCGACGAAGGACACAGACUGAAGUCAUCCAAGUCUCAAACAGCGCUACAUUUGCAGAAGCUCCGUUGCAGACACAGACUUAUUCUCUCAGGGACUCCACUUCAAAAUGACAUGGACGAGCUGUAUGCUUGCUGUUCUUUUGUUCGCCCAGACGCCAUACCAGACAACAGGGUCUUCGCGAAGGUGUUUAAAGAGCCCAUUUUAAGAGCUGGCCUACCGACCGCGACCGUGGCAGAGAAACAGCUGGGCCAAAGAAGGGCUGAAGAACUCACUUCUUUACUGUCUCGAUUCAUGUUAAGGAGGACCGAUGACGUCCUGAAAUCCUUUGUGCCGCCGAAGAAAACAGUCGCAAUCUACUUGAAUCUCUUGGACAAGCAAAGAUUCGCAUACGAGACAGUCUGCAAGUUCGCCCUGAAAGGUGAGCUCCGGAUGCACUCAAAAAUGCAAUUUCUGGAGAAUCUGUUGCUAUCCAUUAGAUCUUCCUCAGACGACAAGGUCGUCAUUGUCAGCAAUUUCACGUCGACCCUAGACAACAUAGAAAUCUUCAUGCGAGCAAAGGGCUAUUCGUUUUUGCGACUUGAUGGGUCAACAGCUGUGAGGGAUCGCACGGGCCUUGUAAAAACCUUCAACGAGAGCGAACAGUGCUUCGCGUUUCUUCUCUCAUCAAAGGCGGGAGGAGUUGGCUUAAACCUGAUCGGCGCCAACAGACUCAUCCUCUUGGAUCCAGAUUGGAAUCCGGCCAAUGACCAACAGGCCCUUGCCCGGAUAUGGCGCCCCGGACAGGUCAACCCCGUUUUCAUCUACAGACUGGUCGGUGCCCGGACAAUUGAAGAGAAAAUUCUUCAAAGACAAGCCUACAAAACAACUCUGGCUCAGGUAGGUGUGGUCGGAAUCGAUGUCCGAAAGUGA